AUGACUUCCUGAGAAUUCUAUUACUGAAACUGGGGGAUAAAAGUUCGUUUGCACACACAGCCUGCAAGUCUCCAGUUUCAAUUCUUCCUCCCUCUCCGUUCCUUCCCUUCUAACUCUGUACCAGAGAAGCGAAACUCGAGCGUGUUUUAAAUAGUCUGAGGACUAAUCUGAAAGAGGAAGAAGAAUCUGUAUAUACUGCCUGGUAAACGUUCCUGCCCUGCUCUCUUGAAAACAGCACAACUCAACUUUGCAAAAAAAAGAAAAAAAAAAAAAAAAGCGCUAAACGUCAAGCACUCUGCAAAUUGAGUGCACAUUUACUGCUCUGGGAGAUACCCAGAUUUACACUUGCAGCUCACCAAGAAGGUUUACCUCUUUGAGGCUAAUAGAUCGGAUUUCCUGAAGAUUUGGAGCUUGUUGCUGAGAGCAAAUGCAAAAGGACCCUGAGCUGUGAUCCUUGAAGGCAUCAGGUAUCCUCUGACAUUACAGCGUAAGAAACACUGAAGACCAUAAUAAGGAACAUUUGUGAAGAGUACUAUAGUGCCAGAAAGAGGCACCAAGCAGAAAUUCCUAGAGAAACAUGGAUGAAGCUGGAAAUCUGACAAUAUCUUCUGCCAGCAAUAAUGCAUGCAAUGACAGUAUUGAUGAGUUCCGCAAUCAAGUGUAUUCUACCUUGUACUCCAUUAUCUCUGUUGUGGGUUUCUUUGGCAAUGGCUUUGUGCUCUAUGUUCUUGUAAAAACAUACCAUGAGAAAUCAGCCUUCCAAGUAUACAUGAUCAAUUUAGCUGUAGCUGAUCUACUGUGUGUGUGCACGCUGCCUCUCCGUGUGGUCUAUUAUGUUCACAAAGGCAUUUGGCUCUUUGGUGACUUCCUGUGCCGUCUCAGCACCUACGCCUUGUACGUUAAUCUCUAUUGUAGCAUCUUCUUCAUGACAGCCAUGAGCUUUUUCCGGUGUGUUGCAAUUGUUUUCCCAGUUCAAAACAUUAAUUUGGUUACCCAGAAAAAAGCCAGGUUUGUAUGUGCUGGCAUUUGGAUGUUUGUGAUUUUGACCAGUUCUCCAUUUUUAAUGACCAAAACUUAUCAAGAUGAGAAAAAUAAUACCAAGUGCUUUGAGCCUCCACAGGACAAUCAAGCUAAAAAUCAUGUUUUGGUCUUGCAUUAUGUGUCAUUACUCAUUGGCUUCAUCAUCCCUUUCAUCACUAUAAUUGUUUGUUACACAAUGAUCAUCUUUACUUUACUAAAAAGUUCAAUGAAGAAAAAUCUGUCCAGUCGUAAAAGAGCUAUAGGAAUGAUCAUAGUUGUGACAGCUGCAUUUUUAAUCAGCUUCAUGCCAUAUCAUAUUCAACGCACCAUCCACCUUCAUUUUUUGCAUAAUGAAACUAAACCCUGUGAUUCUAUCUUGAGAAUGCAGAAGUCAGUGGUCAUAACCUUGUCUCUGGCUGCAUCGAAUUGUUGCUUUGACCCUCUCCUAUAUUUCUUUUCAGGAGGGAACUUUAGAAGAAGACUGUCUACAUUUAGAAAAUAUUCUUUGUCCAGCAUGACUUACAUAUCUAAGAAAAAGGCUUCCUUACCAGAAAAAGGAAAUGAAAUAUGUAAAGAAUAGUUUAAGCCCAUCUACAAUGCAACAAAGUGCAAAUAGUUCCUCAAUUAUUUUCUUAAAUCAUUUAUAAUUAAAAAGAAAUUUCCCACUAAUAAUUUACAAAUACUUAAUCAAAUAUAUAUGCUUAUGAAUCUAUCUUAUGCAUUUCAUUAUUAGAUAUAUUAAGUGUUAAAACUUCAAUCCACAACUAUGGGCUAAAUUAUAAACUGUUGGUUGACCAUUCGCCAAAAGGUGAAGAAUAUUUGCCGUUUUUCACUAUAAAAUGUGGAAUUAAGAUCAAGCUUUUCUUCCUCUAAUAAGUUUUACAAAAGAUAAGAACUAGACUUCUAAGACCUACAGUUAUCAAGUAAUUCUCAAUGGUCCUAUAUUCUUUUGUAUGAAUGCCUUCAGGUGAGAUCUGGAGAUAACCCAAGAGCUACAUAAAAUUUACUGCAACCUUAUACUUGGAACUACUGACCAGCUAGGAGAAGUAGGGCUGUUUCUUCCAGAAAAGAAUGUACAAAAGCUAGACCAGAUGAGUAUUCAGUGAAAUGGCCCUAAAGACUCCAUGCAAUGUACACUCUGGAAACUGAGGAAGAUAACCCUGAUUAAAACUCAGCUUGUCUCCAGUUUUCUUCUGCCCCUGCCUCAGGUCUGCUAAAAACAAUGGUGGCAUCUUUGAGAUUCCUAGUGAGAUUUCUAUAAGGAUUUCUCUCCUUACAUGACAUAUAAUCCUCAAGAAGUCAGACAACUGACACUUCCAUAUAUGAACAGAACUAAUUAAAAAAUUAUCUUAAGAAAAAGAAAAGGGGACUACUUUUCUACAUGCCUAUUAAUAGGAUCAAAAUUAACUACAAAGGAUCUCUGAAGAAAAUCUUGAAAUUCCAUGCUACAAAUUCUUUCAAGUGCAUAUAUUUAUGUACAUGUGUAUAGCUAUAUGUAAGACAUUUUGUUCUUUCAUAGGCAUUUGUGGGUAAAAGUUAAUUAUAAGCUUUAUUACUGUUUCAUACUUUUGCUUGUUUUGGGCAUGUCAACAGAAAUAUCAAAGAUAUUUUAUAAUAUUUUUAUCUUACAGGAGAAGCUUUAUUUUUAAAAUGGUGACAACUUGGUUAUGGUUAAAAUAUAUUCCUGGGCAAGCUA